AUGCCUAGAAUUGGUAUUGUAGGAGGUGGUCCAGGAGGACUUUCAACUGCCAUGAUUUUGGCUAGUAAGGGAUUUGAUGUAACCAUUUUUGAAAAAUCCAAAGUAAUUGGUGGUAGAACUUCAUCAUUCAAUGUUGGCCAUUCCAAAUUUGAUUUGGGUCCAACUUUUCUCAUGAUGAAAUUUGUUUUGGAUAAAGUUUUUCAAGAUGCUGGAAAGGAUUCAUCGAAUUAUAUGAAAUUCCAACAAUUAAAUCCAAUGUACAGAUUACAAUAUAAUCCAGAUAAGCAUAUGGAUUGUUAUGAUUUAACACAAAAAUCAAAAAUGAUUGGUGAAAUGAAAAGAUGUUUCCCACAAGAUGUGAAAGGAUAUGAAGAAUGGGUUGAUUGGGAAACUCAAAGAUAUGAAAAGUUAUUACCACUCUUACAAAAGGCUUACACUUCACAUAGUGACGUUGUGUCAAUGGACGCAAUUCGUGCAAUUCCAUAUAUGCAAUUUCCAAAAUCACUUCAUGAAAUGUUAGGUGGUUUCUAUAAGGAUCCAUUGACCAAGUUAUCUUUCAGUUUCCAAGCUAAAUAUUUGGGAAUGAGUCCAUAUACUUGUCCUGCUUUUUAUGGAAUAAUUCCAUAUGUUGAACAUGCAUUUGGUGUUUAUCAUGUUGAAGGAGGUCUUUCAGAAAUUACAAGAACUAUGGCCAUUGCUGCAACUGAGAAUGGAACAAAGAUUAAGCUUAAUACUCCAGUGACACAAUUAAUUGUCGAUCAAGCUAAUAGACGUGUGAAAGGUGUCAAAGUUAUGGAAGAAGGUCAAGAAGAGAAUGAAUAUUAUUUUGAUGAAGUUGUUUUGAAUGCUGACUUCCCUUAUGCUGUAAAUAAUUUAAUUCCAAAUGCUGAAAAUUUAAUGAAACAAUGGAAACCAAGUAAGCUUGCCAAGAUGAAAUAUUCAUGUUCCACAUUUAUGCUUUAUUUGGCACUUGACAAGGAAUAUCCUGAAAUUCAACACCAUACCAUUUCAUUUGCUGAUGAUUAUGCUGCCAAUUUGAAGGCCAUUCAAGAGGGAAGAUUAACAGAAGAUUUGUCGAUUUAUGUGAGAAAUUCAUGUGUUAAUGACAAGACAGUUUCACCAAAGGGUAAAUCUGGUAUCUAUGUUUUGGCUCCAAUACCUAAUCUCAUUGAUAGUCAAGGACAAAUCGAUUGGAAUGAUCAAAAUACUGUAAAGAGAUGUAGAGAAAUUGUUUUGAACCAUUUGGAAAAGAGAGUUGGAAUGACUGAUAUAAGACAACAUAUUGAAGAUGAAUUGGUCAUUACUCCAAAGACAUGGCAAAACAAUAAUAUUUACAAUGGUAGCGUCUUUUCAUUGUCGCACAAUCUCUUACAAAUGUUAUCCAUGCGUCCAAGAAAUAAGUUCAACGAAUUGGAGGGAUUGUACUUGACUGGUGCUCACACUUCUCCAGGUUCUGGACUUCCAACAAUCUUUGAAAGUGGAAGAAUGGUUACUGAACUAUUGUGUAACAAAUAUGGUGUACAAUAUCAAAGAUCUAGUUUGUUACAUCAAAAAUAA